AUGCUGGGCGCACCGCACCUUCCCAGCCAGCUGUGGGCUGAAGCAUUCCAGACCGCCAGUCUCAAGAAUCGCACACCAACUGAAGUCCUGGGCGGCAAAUCCCCACUCGAGGUAUGGGAGGGUAAGCCGCUAGGUAAUCUGCUGCACAUUCACGAAUGGGGUUCGAUGGCCUUCAAACACGAGGAAGCGCGUUUCCGUCCCAACAAGCUUGCGGCCAGGGCCAAGAAGAUGUAUCUGGUAGGCUAUAAUACCAAGGGUAGGUCGUACAGACUGUGGGAUCCUACGGAGCCUUCUAAAAUCACCAACUCUGCCGAAGUAUCCUUCCGUAAAAAGGAGAUGCGCGACGUGGUUGACCCCAAAGUAGGGCGCGAUCCGUUUCCUGUGCCAAACACGACAAUCUACCAGCCUGGUAUGGCAGAAUCUAACGAAGAAGAAACUAACGACGAUAGCGAUGAAGAAGAAGACCAAAGUACUGCAGAGUCGACACCAUCUGUUCCAGAACCACGACGGAGCGCCAGGGCAUCUGCACCGCCGCAAAGGUUGAAUCUAUUUACGGUGACCUUGGAAGAGGAUGCUUAUCAGCAGGUGGAACAAGCUCUUCUGACAGGGGGUGUACUCGGAAACGUCGGGACGGGCAACCCUGGAGAAAUAGGUUGCAGGCCUCCCGACCCGACCAACUACGACGACGCAACACGUGGACCAGAUGCUGACCACUGGAGGGAGGGUAUGCGCGAAGAAAAUCUUUCGCUCAAGGAACUCGACGUACACGAUUGGGUGAAACGGCCGGCGGANUACAGGCCUCCCGACCCGACCAACUACGACGACGCAACACGUGGACCAGAUGCUGACCACUGGAGGGAGAGUAUGCGCGAAGAAAAUCGUUCGCUCACGGAACUCGACGUAUACGAUUGGGUGAAACGGCCGGCGGACGGUGAUAUACUUCCGUCAAGAUACCUAUACAAACGGAAGUACGCAGCAGACGGAGAACUAGCUCGACUGAAGAGUCGUAUCGUGGUCCAAGGCUUCCAUCAAGAAGACACGGGGGAAGACAAGGCAUCAUCAGUGGUGACAUUGGAGGCGGUACAUCUAGUAGUCGCCGUCGCUGCUCAGAAUGGCUUUGUUCUAAAACAGGCUGACAUCAAGACAGCGUUCCUACAUGCCAGGAUCCCCGCUAACGCAGACCCGAUUUAUGUUUGUCCUCCGAAAGGUUUCGAAUGCUCUCCAGAACAAGCACGGCAGGUGUGGCGGCUAAAGGUAUGGCUCUACGGAUUGCGUCUCUCCCCGAAAGGCUGGUGCAGCACCUUCCACGAGUUCCUGAUUAAGAAAGGGUUCGUACAGAGUAAAGCAGACCCCUGUCUCUACAUUCUCGAAGCGGAAGGAGUUAUCCUUGUCGUGUACGUUGACGACAUCCUGCUGUCGGGGAAGGACGAGGAGAAGGUCAUGAUGGUCGUUGAUCUGCUGAAGGAACGGUUCAACACGGUGUUCUUGGGGGAUGCUCAGCACCUGCUUGGUAUGAAGCUUGAGAGGAACGUCGACGCCGGUACCAUAUUCCUUUCUCAAGAGACGUACGCAAAGACCGUGCUCGACCAGUUCGGAAUGGCCGAAUCGCGCCCGGUGAAGACACCGGCGGAACCUGGACCUAUCAGCAUCGAGGAGGAGAAGGUUUUAUCUCCAGAGGACACCAAAUACUACCGGUCCGCCACGGGUAGCCUUCUGUAUCUCAGCAGGGGCUCAAGACCGGACAUAACACACUCGGUGAUGGUGCUCGCGAAGAGAAUGUAUGGGGAAGCCAGGUCCCAGAGCGAUGACAAAGCUGAAGCGGGUACUCCGGUGUCUAAAGGAAGGACCUCUAUCGGAAUCACAUACACCGAAGACGCCGACGGCGGAGAUAAACUCAAGGCGUACGUGGACUCUGAUUUUGCAGGUGGCCAAGACAAAGGCUACUCCACAACCGUUGCCGUUCUCUAUCUGGCAGGUGCCCCAGUGGACUGGAUAUCCAAGAAGCAAACGGUGCUGGCCAUCUCAACGUUCGAGGUUGAAGCCGUUGCCCUUUCCAAGGCGUGCACUAUUGUCAUCCACUUUCGUAAUUUGCUGAAGUCGCUGAACAUGAAGCGGGAGCAGCCCACGGUAGUGUUUGAGGACAACACAGGCGCUAUAGCGUUUGCUAAGGGCGCCAAACUCAGGCCCCGUACUAAACAUAUCGACGUCAAGUAUCACCACGUUCGGUACUUAGAGGAGAAGAAUAUCGUCGACGUGAGGUACAUGGAGACUAACUUGCGAAGGCUGACAUCCUGA